AUGCCCCCGUGGGUGGCGCUGCUGUUGCUCUGGGCGGCCACUGAGGCCUCCGAGGACUGCCCGGCCGCCUGCGCCUGCCGCGCGCUGAACACCAUGGGGCUGCAGGUGGACUGCCGCGGCCGCGGGCUCGAGGCGCUCCCCGCCCUGCCGGCCCCCACGCGCCAGCUCCUGCUGACCAACAACAGCUUGCGGACCGUGCCCCCCGGCGCCUUCGACCACCUGCCGCAGCUGCAGGGCCUGGACCUGACGCACAACCCCUGGCGCUGCGACUGCGGGCUCGUCUACCUGCGCCUCUGGCUGGAGGACCGCGCGCCCGAGCAGCUGCGGCGCCUGCGCUGCGCCGGCCCCGCCCACGCCGCGGGCCGCCCGCCCGCCGAGCUCAGCGGCUCCGAGCUGGGCGGCUGCGGCUGGAGUCUGCGCGAGUCCUGGGCCCACCCGGGGCCCUGGUGGGACGCGGCGCUGGUCGUCGUGGCCGCUCUGGGCCUGGCUCUCCUGGUGAGCCUGCUGUGCACCGUCCCGGUGCCCCGGGCCAGCCCCCGGUAG